AUGGAUUUCAUGGACUCCCCGAAGACGAGCUCCGUCGGGGAAAUGAGCCUGAAUGGGACGCUCGACGAGUCCCCUCGUCGCGCCGCCCCCGGGUCACCUUUGGACGCCGCUACCAGCCUCGCCGCCAUCCUCUCCCCCGGGUCGCGCCCGUACGAGGCCGCCGAGCUCGCGUCGCCCCGCGAGACCGGCGCGCUCGCCUCCCCGCGCACGCCGCCGCGCGACGCCGCGGACUCGCUCCCCACGCUCCGCCCCCUGCCCGCAACGCCCUCGAACAACAACGACAUUUUGUCGUCGAAAGUGCGCCGCGUGGACACGGAGUUCCAGGCCCUGAAAUUCGAGGUCGCGGACCUGAAACGCGUCGUGGCGGAGUACGGCCGCGCCGCCAACCAGUUCACGCCCUCGUACGCCACCCCCGCGCGCGGCCGCAGCGCGCGCGAGCUCGCCAACCCCCUCGCAGCGGGGCGCUCGGUCGGCGCGAAGGCGAGCCUCGAGCUCCGCGUGGGCGCGCAGGAGAGCCGCCUGAACGAGAUGCGCGACGAGGUGCGGCAGCUGGAGAACGCGGCGCAGCAGGCCGCGGCGGACCGCGGCAACGCAGUGAGGAUGCAGCAGAGGAUCAACAUGCUGGAGCAGAUCGUGACGGCGCCGGAGAAGGUCCCUGGCGCGGAGGCGCUGCGGGACGAGCUGGUGCGGGCGCGGGCGGAGAUGGCGGCGAUGGGGCGGCGGAUUGCGCAGCUGGAGGCGCAGGUGGGGCUGCACCGGGCCGUGCCGGCGGUGCCGGCGGUUGCGGCGAAGGCGGCGCCGGAGCCCGCGGUGCGGAAGGGGAGUGCGCUGGGGAGGGUGUUGGGGGGGGUGUUGCGGGGUGUUCGCGGCGCGGGGGCUGGGAAGGCGGCGCAGAGCGUGCGGGGGAUGAGCGGGGCGGCGCUCGAGGUGCUGACGCGGAUGCUCGUGGCGUUCCUGAUCAACAUGGUCAUCUACUGCUUCCUGGUGUACGGGGCGUCGCGGCAUGGUCCGAGGCCGGCCAGCAGCACGGAAAGCAAGGCCCUCCCGAAGGAUGCGUUCACGGCCGCGGAGCGGGCUGGUGCGGGCCCGCACACAACCCCGCUGGCAGAGUUGUCGGGACACCCGUCCUUCUGGCAGGUCGCGGUGGUGCCUGCGCUCUUCGCGGGCGCCUUCGCAGCGCGUCCGCGCCUCGUCGACAGCCCGGGCGGCGUCGUGCGGCGGCUGGCGAGCAGCGCAGGCGCCACCGGCUGGUGGGCUGCGGCCUUCGUAGGCGGGCACUGCGUCGCAGCGGUCGGCCGGGGGCUCGAACUGCUGCAGAGCAGGUUCACGUAG